UUUUUUCUUCCGUUUUUUUCAUUAUAUUUUUUCUCCAUUUUUGUAUUUAUAUUUUUCUCCUUCAAAUCAAAUCCUAUGCCAAAAACUCAGGCUGUGAAGGGUGGAAUGUGUGGUGGAUUUCGAAUUGGUCGCGGUGAUGGAUAUUUUCCUAAAUCUGGGCGAGGUAAUGGAAGAGGUGGAAAUUCCUUUAACAAUGCAAAUUUCCGCAGGGGUUUUCAUCAUGGUGGACGUGGUCAUAUGGGCAGAAUGAAUUUUCCUAACGAAUAUGGAUUUGAUAACCCGCAUGCUGAAUUUCAUGGGAGACAAAACGUUGGACGAGGUGGAAGGAGAGGUUCUUUCAGAAGUGGUGAUUACCCUUCUGGUAGGUUUGCUGGACGUAAUUUUGAUAGAUCAUGGCAUGGUGUCCCCAACAGAGAACGGGAAAUGCACUACCCUCCUAUGAGGCAGCCUUAUUCUCCGGAAGGCCAUUUUGACAGACCUUUCCCAGGAAAUCACUUUGAUGACCCUUAUGGUUAUAAUGACAGUAUGCGUGGCAUGAAGCGGCCAUUGUACACGAGGGACCCUGAUCCUGAUUUUGUGGAGCCAAGCAGAAUUCGCCCAAGAUUAGAAUAUUCUGAUCCAGCAGCUUCCUUUCGUGGAAGCCGUUAUCAUGAUACUAAUGGAGCCGGCAGCAGUGUCUAUCCUCGUGAUUAUUAUGGCCCUGAUAAUGCUGGAGGUCCUUAUUCAUCAUACUAUGGAGGUGAUCCCCCAUAUGGUGGUGGCUACUACUAUUAAUCUCAAGGAACUUUGGUGGGCAUGAAAAUGCAUGAGGAACUCUUCUGAUGGACUAGAGGCUUGCUGUUUGAAAGAGCUGAAGUUCCAUAUCAUUUCCCUUCUUACUCCUUGCUUUUUUCUACUUUACUCUUCCUCAUGGUUUGCUCUUAUAUAUAUUUUUGGUAGAGUAUCCAGAGUGCUAGAGUUUCGAGUUUAGGUUGUCUUCCAAGUUCUAAGAUUCCUGAGUAAGAUUAUAAUUUACUUUUCAUAUGAUGGAGAGGUACAGAGAUGCCCCCUUUACCCCUAGGUAUGAACGGGUUGAUGACUUGAGUUAUGAGUUCUUGUGCAUAAGUGCAGAUUUCAUUUUCUGCUUUAUUUAUAAUUGUUGGUAUGGAUCAAUAUUUCUUGAUGAUA